GAAACUUCUGCUUCAGCUUUGCGACCGGGGCGAUUUUCUCACAAACACGCGGCGUGCACAGCUUGUUCGGGAGGCGUUGGCAUGUACAGCUUCGUGUCCAGGCUGCCAGAAGCUUCACGCUGCCGGCCGCCAGAUGAAAUUCCAGGAGCCAUUUAAGGCCAUUGGCCUGGCGCACCACCGCUACUCCGAACCAGAGGAGUGUGGAGGCCUGGGUAUUCUCGUGCAUGCUGUGGCCAAUCAGCAGCACAUCCUGAACGCAAGUUGGUAUGCGGAAGCUGCUGAGUACCUCUGGGAGGUUCUGGUGGAUGCGGGAGAGGUGCCAGAUGCCGAAAAGCUUCAGGAGGGAUCCAAGGAGCUGCGCGAUGAGAAAUUCGUUCGACUUUGUGAGUUGGUGGAUGUUGUGGCAGCCGCCGUGGGUGUGCGCGCCUACCAUCGAGCCAUGGGCCUGCCAG